CCUCCUCCUCCUGGCACUCCCUCUACUAUUCCUAUACCUUCGUCUCAGAACCCAGCCAGGGGCUUCCCCAAUUCAGCAUCCUGGAGUCUAUGAAUGACCAGCCCAUUGCUCACUAUGACAGCAAUACAAAGGAGUAUCACUCUCUAGUGCCUUGGAUGGAGAAGGUGAAAAAAGAGGAGCCCCUUUGGGAGGAAUACACUGGAAUAGCACAGAAGGCAGAGCAGGACUUUGGGAGAAACCUGGUAACCCUACAGAAGUACUACAACCACAGUGAGGGGUUUCACACCUUGCAGUGGAGGUAUGGUUGUGAACUGAACAAUGAUUGGCUACGAGGAGGUUCUGACCAGGACAGUUAUGAUGGGAGGACUUUUAUCAGCUUUGACAAGGAGACGCUCAGCUGGACAGCCUUUGAUGUGGCAGCUCAGCUGUCCAAGAGAAAGUUGGAAGGGGAGCCAUCAGUUGCCAAGCACAUAAAAUACUACCUGGAGGAAACUUGCAUUGAGAUGCUGAGGAGGCGCAUCAACUAUGGGAAGGAGGCUCUGCUGAGGAAAGGUUUGGAUGAGAUACUUUGGGGAGAUGUCCAGAGAAAAUUCCAAAUCUCAGCUCACCAUGACAAAGCCCACCUGUGCGAUGAGCCCCCAACAGUGACGGUCAUGAGUAAGGCAGAGGCCAUCCAAACAGAAACUCACAUCUGCCGAGUGGAUGGUUUCUUCCCCAAGGAUAUCAAAGCAACGUGGAGGAAAUAUGGAGAAAUCUGGCUGCAGGAUACUUUGCAUGGGUUGGUUGCCCCGAAUUCAGAUGGGACCUAUCACUUCUGGCUCAGCAUUAGGAUCAGUCCCAGUGAACGGAAUCAGUUCCAGUGCUGGGUCGAGCAUGGCAGCCUGAAGAAUCCCCUGAAGGUGGUUUUAAUAGUGCCUGUACCCCAUCCAUUGUCCAUUAUAAUCAUUGUUCUGGGAGCCAUUCUCAUGGUUGUACUUAUUGGAUGCGGUCUUUACUUAUUUGCUAAACGCAUACUAGUGCAACAUUCACAAGCAUCUCCAGGUGUUAGAAGUUUCAGUACAGAAUACUGUGAGUGA